AAAAAAGGAAUGGGAUUCGAGCUGUGUUUAAUACGGAUAUCUUGGGUUUGAGGUCUCUUAGCAAAGAAUCUCUUUUCAGGAACGUUGUGUGUCAAAAUAUAAGUUUCAUUUCGCACUGUGUACAUGUAAAAGGCUGGUCGAAUCAUUUUGAAUUCUUGUGUGUAAAAUUCACGAUGGUGGGGGUUCAGUUCUUAGUUACAGUGUGUGCCUUAAGCUGUUUAAAGCCAUUUCAGUACAACCUAUUGGUGAUCAUAUAGCAAUUGACAAUUAAUUGCUGAUGCAUUUUUGAUGGAACUUCUCAAGCACAUGGGGAAUAAUGAUAAGACAAUCAAUGAGCUACGUCAGAAUCACCAACGUUAGAAUGCGAUGAUAGACACACUUCGCAAGGAUGUCCAUCAUAUGAAAAGAGAAAACAAAUAACUGACGACUACGUUGUCGAAGUGCGUAGCUGUGAUACAGUCAUUUUAAUAGAAUGAUUGCGAUUCUGAGUAUAUAAACUAAAAGAUUGAAACUAGAGUCAUUGAAUUUGCUUGGUUGUAACCAAACCAGACAUUUGGGAUUUCCACUGGGUACGUCGGCUUCCCACUACAACAAAAUACCACACGCAAAUUAACAUGGAUUAGAAGUUCUAGAAACAACAGAAGUUGCUGGAUAUUGCCAGUUUGUGAACAAAGACAACUUUUCUCCAGAGAUGACGCUUCUAAGGACCAGGUGUGAGGCUUUAGCCAACGAGGCAUGUUAUGGGCAGUAUAUCGCAUGCGAUCUGAAGAACAAUGCAUGUGUAAAGCCAGAAUGUCCACUUCUAAAUUUGGAAAACGGAUGGUUCGACGGCAACGAGAACAAACAUGGGUCGCGAAAACGCAUAAACUGUUAUCAGGGACAUUUGGAGGUCAAUGGGACGACUAUUACAACGUGUAUUAACGGAGAAUGGACGCCGAAACCUAUAUGUAUCGUCAAUGAAUGUCCUGCUCUGACCCUAAAGAACGGAAGGCUCGAUGGCAACGAGAUCACAAAUGGGUCGCAAAAACGCAUCUACUGUAAUCAACGGCAUGUGGAAGUCAAUCAGACGCUUAUUACAACGUGUAUCAACAGGGAGUGGACGCCUAAACCCAAGUGCAUCGUCAACGAUUGGCGCCUGUUUAUUGGCGUGCCUGAGAUCGGAGGAGAUAUACUGGACUCUUGGAAAAAUGGCACAAAAUCUACAACUGAGUUAGAUAAAUGCUUCGACGAGAAUGCGCCCAAUUGCACCAAGCAUUUUCGGGACCCGUUUGUCGAUAGGUGGAGAACCAUAGGCGUUCAGAAAGUGAAGGUUUCGCUGCAUAAAAAUAGGACACUAGCUGCUUAUGUGCUGUUUAAUGCGACAGGACAAGAUAUGAAUUCUUGGUUCGACAAGUCAAUGAUAAUUAACUCUUCGUGGAAUCUCUCUGCAUUAUCAAAAAUGGAGGUCUUUAGUAUGGAAGGGGCACUUUUAAGGCGCUUUUUGAUCAGUGAGCAACCGGUUUCAACAUGCAAUGAAACGAUAGUCAUGAUGGCAUUGGCAGAAAAGGAAUAUGGGUGUGCGUUCGCACGUUUCGGAUCCUAUCCACGGUACAUGUAUUCAACUCUCUCUGGUGGUGCAAUACCAGCUCAGCGAUCAGGAGACAUUUUUUCAGAAAUUGAUUUAGCCGACACGUUCGUAAUUGAAGUAUAUUACGAUGAAAACGAAGAGAGCAAUGCAGGGUAGUGACUCACAUUAUGAACGGUAUUUGCAUAGUUAUUAUAUAUUACUGGACACUAGAGGAAGUAUUGUAUCUUGAAUGUUAGAAAACUUUACUUGACCCUUGCGGAAGUUCAUCGUUCAAAAGUUUUGACAGUUUUAAUAAAGUUGGUGUAUGUGAGUCUGAGAGUGUGUGUGCUGUUUGUCUGUCUGUCUGUCUGUCUGUCUGUCUGUCUGUCUGUCUGUCUGUCUGUCUGUCUGUCUGUCUGUCUGUCUGUCUGUCUGUCUGUCUGUCUGUCUGUCUGUCUGUCUGUGUGUCUGUCUGUCUGUCUGCCUGUGUGUCUGUCUGUCUGUCUGUCUGUCAGUCAGUCUGUCUGUCUGUCUGUCUGUCUGCCUGCCUGUCUGUCUGUCUGUCUGUCUGUCUGUCUGUCUGUCUGUCUGUCUGUCUGUCUGUCUGUCUGUCUGUCUGUCUGUCUGUCUGUCUGUCUGUCUGUCUGUCUGUCUGUCUGUCUGUCUGUCUGUCUGUCUGUCUGUCUGUCUGUCUGUCUGUCUGUCUGAUUGUCUGUGUGUCUGUGUGUCUGUGUGUCUGUCUGUCUGUCUGUCUGUCUGUCUGUCUGUCUGUCUGUCUGUCUGUCUGUCUGUCUGUCUGUCUGUCUGUCUGUCUGUCUCUCUGUCUGUCUAUCUGUGUGUCUGUCUGUCUGUCUCUCUGUCUCUCUGUCUGUCUCUGUCCGUCCGUCUGUUGGUCUGUCUGUCGGUCCGUUACAGUAAAGGUUAACAAGGGAUCAAAUAUUGGUCUGCUUAACUUGUUGACAUUUUCCCUCAAACAUUCAUCUGUACUCAUGUUGGUUUCUUAAAACAAACUUCAGAGACUCUGCAAAAUAUAAAGAUAUAUAAAUAAAAGAAAACCUGGUCCAUGAAGACCAUAUCUCAUUUACUAAACAGAAAUCGAAUCACGUAUGAAAAUCCCAUUUUUGUAAAAUGUAUAGUGAAACACUAUCAGCCUCACCCACAGCACUCUGUACAGUAGUCUCCCUAUUACUGAUGUAGCAAAGUAAAUGCUUAUCAGAUGAAUAUUCAUCGAUUCAUUGUCUCAAUUUAUUUAAUGAUCUAUUUUAUUAAUGAAGUCAUGUCUUGCAAUAUAUCAAAAGUAUCAAGCUAUUAAAUUGAGUGUUUUUUAUCUUGUUAAUAAUUUUUCAAUUUUUACAAUUUGUUUAAGAAUUUGUAUUUUGUGUGUAUUUCAUCUUGUUUAUAGAUGUUGUUUUGCAAUUAAAUCAAUAUAAUGAUGCAAUUAUAUUAUGCGUGUUUUUAUGUUGUUUAUGAGUUAUGCCUUCGAUUAUAUAAAUGGCAUCAUGCUAUAAUGUUGUAUUGUUUUAUCUUUGUCAUUAGUAAUGUCUUCAAUUUUAUCAAUAUUUUCGUGC